UUAUGACAAAUGGGGAGCAGCAAGUUUAAGCUCCACACAGCUUGUGUUGAGGAUAAAAAAGUGCUGCCUCAAAGAAAUAGUGGGUGGGAGAGAAUUUGACACACAGAAGCAAGGACAUCACCAUAAGUGGCUUUGGUGUUUCCAUAGUGGGUGAACCACAUUACAGACCUUGAGCAAUUUUCAAGGCAAAAGACCAUCACUGCUCACAGCUUAUCACAGAAGGAGCAUAUUGCUGGUCCUGCAGUUGCUAAGGUGUGACGGGCUAGUAACACUGAUGGAGCACCACUCCUUUGAUUUAUUUUCUGACGAAGACAAGGAACUGAAUUUUACAAAGGUUACCAGCAAGAAAUGUGGGGUCAAUGAAGAAUCAGAGUCUUUGACAUAUAAGGCAUCUAUCAGCCAAGACAGAGAAGAUGAGCUGAGAAUCUAUAGUACACAUGACGGUGAUGAUGAAAUCAACAAGCAGGAUGAAGAAGCUAAUGAAGGUGGUCAAUUAAGCCAAGACAUUGUUGACAACCUCCAGAAGAUUAUAGAACUUCAGCAGAGGAAGAAAGUCCAAAAGACACUUGAGCUCAAAACACCUCCAGCAUUUCACACUGUGUGUGAUUUUGUUGAUGAAGAUGACUUUCUGAAGGCAGCUAUGGACAACAAACUGUCGAUGAUUGAGAGUUAUCUCGCCAGGGGUGCGGACCCAAAUGCGUGUGACAAUUUCAACCGCACAGCUCUACACAGAGCUUGUUCGAGAGGCAAUGUGGAGAUUGUGAAGAGGCUGCUGGAAGCUGGGGCUUUAAUUGAAAACAAGGACAAGCUUGACGCAACUGCUGUUCAUUGGGCCUCUCGCGGAGGAAGCCUGCCUGUGCUAGAGCUGCUCCUGAACCACAAUGGCAACCUUAGUGCCAGAGACAAGCUCCAGAGCACUCCCCUGCAUGUGGCAGUGAGGACAGGUCACUAUGAAUGUGCUGAACACCUCAUUCACUGCGGAGCAGAUGUCAACGCAAAGGACAGAGAGGGAGACACACCAAUGCAUGAUGCCGUCCGACUGAACAGAUUCAAAUUCAUCCAGUUACUCCUGAUGCAUGGAGCCAACCUGAAAGUGAAGAAUUGGGAGGGGAAAUCACCCAUGGACAGUAUUUUGGAGUGGCAGAGUGGAGCUAAAACCAUUCUUGACAACUUUAAUGACAAGUCUCAAGCCAAGUGAAUUGAAAAAGAAAUGAAAACAUUUAAUUGUGCACAGCAAUAUCUGCGCAAUGUAAAAUAAA